GAACGUUUUAAAACUGUUCGUUAAGAAUUUCUGUUGGCUUCCAAAAAGUGUGUGUAAGUCUUGCUCCACGAUGAUAGAUUCUCGGACGGACACGAACUUUGACGACGAUUUGUGCAAUCAAAAUCGGGAAAAUUUUGAACUAAGAGACCCGCCUGGAAGUCUGAAAGGGAGCAGGCGAGUUGUUUUAUCGGCGAAAAACUUCCAGGCGAGCGAUUACGAAGGAACACCUUUGGUUUUGAGACCCAUCGAAGGAAUUGUUAUACAGACGACUUUCAACGAAUCGAGGAAACUGGAUCUGCCGAAAUAUCGCAAGUCAGGCGUUCAGACGUCACGCCACGGCGGAACAAACCGAUCGCUGUCCGGAGGUCGGGAUGUCUUACGGAGGCGCCGGAUAGCAGCGAACGCUCGCGAAAGAAGACGAAUGCAGAGUUUGAAUGUGGCGUUCGACAGACUACGGGAUGUUAUUCCAUCUUUUAAUGACAACAGCAAACUGUCGAAAUACGAGACACUACAAAUGGCCCAGACAUAUAUCGAUGCGCUACAGGAUAUCCUUGACAAACACCAGUCAUAGACACAUUGGUACAUCUCGUGACGUCAUUGGAAAUGUGUGUGCCUGUGAGAAAACUUGUGAAUGAUGAUUAUUAGUCAAGUUACUUCCAUCGACAUUAUUUAUAUAUACGUGUAUAUGAGAAUACUUUUUAUAGGAUGUGAAUGUUUGCUGUACCAAAAACUAAUUGAUAGGAGUGAAUUUCAUUUUAUUUUAUUUUAUUUUAUUUUAUAUUAUUUUAUUUUGUUUUUUCAUUUUAUAUAUUUUAUUUUUGCAUUUUCAUCAAUACAUUGUAAAUAAACAGAAUGUACAAUGACAGAAUAACAAUUAUUAUUACAGUUCCAUUUUUGAAGCAAUAAUAUGUACUAAUUAUACGUAUUUAGUCCUUUAAAAUGAUUUAAAGGUCACAUAACUGCUUGGUUUAUUGGUGCUUUUUUUCCCACGAAUAUUUUGGAUAAACAUAUUAUUGACAGAUUUUACAAUCAGCUUGUUUUAUUCGUGGGGUUUUUUUUCACGAAUAUUAUAUAUACAAAUAAAUUAAUGUGAAUCAUUAUAUGUAUUAGUUGUCACUAACUUGAAAAAGAAAUAUUUUAAUUACGUUACCCUAGUACAUUAGUUAGAAAUUUGGUAACUGAAAAUUAUCUAGAGUCUGAGAAAACAUACCUAUA